AUGAACCGUCCAAAGCCGCGUGGGUUAGGCCGAGGCUCGCGUCCUUCCUAUCCAUCUGUCCCCCCAUCGAGAUCCGUGAACCCUGGCACGGGCGUCAAUAUCGUGCUCAAAGCAGACCAACCCACCGGGCGCACUGUUUCAGGUACAGUCAGCGAGGUGCUUACGCGCGGUGAUCACCCACGCGGCGUCAAAGUGCGCCUCGUCGACGGGCGUGUCGGCAGGGUCCAGAGUCUACGGAACGGCGACCAAGCAGACUCGCCGGGGAUCGACGAAGGCGAAGGAGGAUUACAAAUACGAAGAGAGGGAGGCAAUCCCGGUAGACGGGCUCAUAUUGCUGCACGCGACAUGCGUCUCGAUGGCCCGCAAGAGCCUUCACCGGAACCAUUUGGCCUCGACGCGUAUAUACGACCAGCCAAAGGAAAGAAGCGAGGUGGGAAAUCACAGGCACAACAGACUGCGGGGGAAAGCAACGAUGGUAGAGCGGAUGUCGCUCCAACACCGGCAGCAACCGCGUCAUGCCCUGUCUGCGGCACAUUUGAAGGCGAUGAAGCUGCGGUGGCGCACCAUGUGGCAACCCAUUUCGAGGAUUGA